AUGUGGCGAGUUGUUCAUUUUCCUUUUAGAUGCAUCUCACUUCGACGCAUUGGCUCCUUUGCCAAGGUGAAGUGUGGUGCGGGAAAGAUCCUUGUUAAGCGAGGCGAAGUGAGCAGUGCUACGGUUUUGCCUGAGGUGGAUCUUGCGUUGCGUGUUAUCAACCCGUGCCGGGAGUUUCCGGCGACACAAGUUGGUGUUGAGCUGCCCGACCACAGUGAUCCGUGUGUGCUUUGGCGCGAAUAUUACUCCUUUGACCACUGCAGGCCUUAUUACCACAAUCUACUAACGAAUACAACAACUUUUGAGCUGCCCUCUGGCUUUAUGACGCGGUUUGCCUUGUUUUGUCGUCGCCAGGGCCACCACGUUGACGGUGAAACUCGAGUGUAUCGGCAGACGGCGGCGGAGGGCAGUGGGGGAUCGGACAAGGGUGCCCCUGAAGGGCCAGGGGGAGAGGGCGGGUCCCCCGUUCCGCCUGGCGAGGGCGGUUCACUUACGACGAAGCAAAAGCUAGCGGCGUAUGGAGGUGGUGGGUUGUUGUUAUAUCUCAUUGUACACAACAUUCUUCUUGCAUGUAUUUUUUUUUCUCUUUACUUUCUGCACGUUGACCUGGUGGGUGUCGCACGAUCGUACGGGUUUCGUGUUGGCAGCGAUAAGACGGAAUCCGACGACGGCGGCAAUGCUGCUGUGGACAAGAGGAAGAGUCCGUCCUUUUGGGCCACUCUGGGUGCCUCGGUUGUGUUGAAUAAACUCUUGGUGCCACUGGAGGUUGCCGCAACUCUCAUGAUGGCGCCUGUGCUCGUUCCACGCCUGCAGCCCUUUGCGGCGAGGAUCAUUCCUUGCAUAAAAUCCUUUAUGAAAGGCUGA